AUGACUCAGAACUACCAGCACAUCCUGGCCUUGGUUUUUGCUAUAAAGGAAAUAAAUGAAAAUCUCCAGCUCCUGCCUAACCUCACGCUGGGAUUCAAUAUCUAUGAUGGCUAUUUGAAUGCAAGGUGGACUUACCUCGCUGCAAUGCAACUUAUUUCCACAAGGAACAGAUUUCUCCCCAACUACAAGUGUGACAUCCAAGACAAAGUCAUUGCUAUCAUUGCGGGGCUUGACUUAGAAUUGUCUCAUCAUAUCCCAGAUACAUUGGGCAUCUACAAGAUUCCACAGCUCUUGCAUGGCUCUGCUCCAGUGAUGACUGAUAAUACUGAAGUCCCUCCCUUCUAUCAGAUGGUCCCAACUGAAAUUCACCAGUACAUGGGGAUUCUCCAAUUACUUCUCCAUUUCAAGUGGACAUGGAUUGGAUACUUUGCUGUGAAUGGUGGGAAUCCAGAAUGGUUUGUGCAAAUGGUGUAUCCAGUAUUUUCCCAACAUGGGAUCUGUUUUGCUUUCACAGAAUUUUUCUCCAGUUUAAUUUUUAAUAAGAACUGGGAAAAAAUUGUGGAAUGGUGGUUGGAAAUAUUCAAUUCACUCAUGGGCAACAUAGCCCAUGUAGUUGUCUUACACGGAGAUAGUGGUUCCGUGAUAGUUUUGAGAUGGUUGUUGAGUUGGUUAAAAAACAAACACAUCUCACAAAAGCCAAAAGGUAAAGUGUGGAUUCUACCAGCCCAGAUGGAGUUCAAAUCUGUUUCCAGUAAAAGUAUCUGGGAUAUACAAGCCUUGCACGGUGCUCUAUCAGUUGCAAUUCACUCCAAUGAACUGCAUGGGUUCCAAGAAUUUCUGAGGAGUAGAAACCCUUCAGGUGUCAAGGAAGAUGGUUUUAUCAGGGACUUCUGGUCAUCUGCCUUUGACUGUGCUGUUCCAGAUUCUGUUGUGGGCAAGAUGAAUAUGAUGAACUGCACUGGAGAAGAGAGACUGGAGAACCUUCCCGGGCAUGUCUUUGAAAGGAUGACUGGCCAUGGCUACAACAUCUACAAUGCUGUUUAUGCUGUGGCCCAUGCUUUACAUGCCAUGUAUUCCUCUAACCCCCAAAGCAGAACAGCAACAGGAGGAGAGAGGACAAAGCAUCAAAAUCAGCAGUUGUGGCAGCUCCAUCACUUUCUGAGACGAGUCUCAUUUAACAACAGUGCUGGGGACAAUAUUUCUUUUGACAAAAACAGGCAAUUAAUAACAGGAUUUGAUGUUAUCAAUUGGGUCACAUUCCCAAACCAGUCCUUUGUCAGAGUGAAAGUUGGAAGUGUGGAUCUCAAGCUUCAAGAUCCUUCAAACCUAUCACUCACCAUUAAUGAGGAUGCCAUUAUAUGGCACAGCUGGUUUAACCAGGCAUGUCCCCUUUCUGUGUGCAAUGACAACUGCUAUCCAGGCUAUAGGAAGAAAAAGAAAGAGGGGAAGCCAUCCUGCUGCUAUGAUUGCAUGCCAUGUCCAGAAGGGAUGGUAUCUGGACAAAAAGACAUGGUUGAUUGUCUUAAAUGCCCAGCUGAUUAUUAUCCAAAUGAGGACAAGAUUUCCUGCAUCCCCAAAGUUAUAACCUUCUUGUCCUAUGAAGAACCUUUGGGCAUAGGCCUAACCACUGGAACAUUUUCAUUUUCUUUGAUCACAGUUCUGGUACUAGGAACAUUUCUGAAACACAACAAUACUCCUAUAGUCAAAGCCAACAACAGGACCCUCACCUACACGCUUCUCACCUCCCUCCUUCUGUGCUUCCUUUCUACUUUAUUAUACAUGGGUCCACCUAAAAAAGUGACUUGUUUCCUUCGCCAUGUUGCCAUAGGCAUCGGUUUCUCAACGGCUGUUUCUUGUGUGUUGGCCAAAACCAUCACUGUGGUUCUUGCAUUCAUGGCUACCAAGCCAGGAUCUAGAAUGAGCAAAUGGGUGGGGAAAAGAAUGGGCAUUUCCAUUGUUAUUUUCUGCUCCUUUAUUCAAGUAGGCAUUUCUGCGGUAUGGUUGACAAUCUCUCCUCCAUUCCCAGAUGCUGACAUGCAUUCAAUGACUAAAGAAAUUAUACUGGAAUGUAAUGAGGGGUCUGUGGCUAUGCUGUAUUGUGGCUUAGUCUACAUGAGCUUUCUGGUCAAUGUCAGUUUUAUUGUGGCUUUCUUUGCUAGGAAGCUACCAGACAGUUUCAAUGAAGCCAAGUUUAUUACUUUCAGCAUGUUGGUCUUUUGUUGCAUUUGGUGGUCCUUUCUUCCAACCUACCUGACAACUAAAGGAAAAUAUACAGUGGCUGUGGAGAUACUUUCUGUCUUAGCUUCCAGUGCUGGUUUCCUAGGUUGCAUUUUUUUCCCCAAGUGCUAUGUCAUUGUGCUAAAACCAAACAUGAACAGCAAGGAAUGGCUCAAAAGGAAAAAUCAUUGA